AUGAGCGCUUUGCUGUCGGAAAAUGAUUUAAACGACUUCAUCAGUCCUGGACUUGCGUGCAUCAAGCCAACUGAGACUGUCAAAGAAGACCAAGGCCCUAGCAAUGAACUUGAAGUUGGGAAAGAAUCAAAUGAAGUAGAGAAGGUAUCUAUCUCCUUGCAAGACUGUCUGGCGUGUUCAGGAUGCAUAACCUCCAGUGAGGAAAUCUUGUUGGGUCAACAAAGCUACACAGUAUUCUUAGAGGCCUGGAGAAAGCUGCCAGAAGACGCUGUCUUGGCGGUAAGCAUAGCGCCUCAAAGUCGGCUUUCGUUGGCAAAAUACUACGAUGUGAAACUCGAUGUGUUUGACAAGGGCUUUGUGAAUUUCAUGCAUAAGUACUUCGCCGCCAAAUACGUCGUUGGAACACAAAUAGGUCGCAAUAUAACCAUCAAGCAGACCAACGAAGAACUGGUCAGACGGAAACAACAGGAGACAUUUGCCAAGCCGACACUAUGCGCCGUCUGUCCUGGCUUUGUGCUUUAUGCUGAAAAGUCAAAGCCAGAACUGGUUCCUUUCUUGUUGGACGUCAAGUCGCCUCAGCAGAUUACAGGUUCUCUAUUAAAGCAGACCAAUAAAAACAUUUACCACUUAACUGUGAUGCCUUGUUUCGACAAAAAACUAGAGGCUAGCAGAAAAGAUGGUGAAAAUGAAGUGGACUGUGUUAUAACCCCUCGUGAGUUUGUGACGAUGCUAGGAGAACUUCAUGUUGACAUGAAAGACUACGCUGAUGUUCCACAUAGUCAAUCCUUAAUGAACGCAUGCAGUCCGGAAAAUUGGGAUCCUCAGGUUCACUGGGCUUCUAACGAAGGCAGCAGCUCAGGAGGUUUUGCUUUCCAGUACAUUCUCCAUCAGCAGAAAAAGCAUCCCGAUUCAGAAGUGAGGACUCUAGAGGGUAAGAAUAGUGAUAUCACAGAAUACAGAUUGGUAGACAAUUCUACAGGAGAGACGAUUGCAUCUUCGAGCCAGGUCUACGGAUUUCGAAAUAUUCAAAACAUGGUACGAAAGCUUUCCAAUUCAGGAACAAAGACAAGGAAUGUGAAAGUACUUCGAAAGAGAAACACUAACUCUUCCUCACGUGAAAGCACAUCGGGUUUGGCAGUAGACCCAGUCAAAACUGAUUUUGUCGAGGUGAUGGCAUGUCCAGGGGGAUGCAUUAACGGGGGCGGGCUUUUGAAUGGUGAGCAAAAUAGCAGUCGAAGACGAGCACUAGCGAAGACUCUGGAGAAUGAGUACAGGGAUACGUUGCCAUCAGUUUACAAUGAAGGUGAUGUCAGUUACGACGUGCCAUACAAAUACACCUUCACUCCAAUUGAAAAAUCGUCAGAUGUGGUGACUGUGGGUAAUACUUGGUAA